AAGUGGGAGUUGCGUCAUGCUGUGGUUUCCACAGUCAAACGCCCGGGCGGACGGACAGAAAGCUCAGUUGAGGCUUGCAAACUGGUCCAUCAGGUAAAGCCGUCGUCGUCGCUUCUUCUUCCGCUUGGCAAACACGCCACGGCAAGGCAUGAGUCAUCUCGGUUCGCCUCAAACGAAAUAGUGUGCGAGUGGACACCACUCCGGUGUGUAGAAAGUGAUCAAUGAUCGUUCGCGGAUAGUGGCGAGCCCAACAAACCGGAUCCAAGUUCAAUCGAUCGUGUGCCUGUGGAGUGUACGAAACGCAGGUUUUUUUUUCUGUGUGUUCCAUCAUCCCGUGGUGUUGUGUAGUGCUGGAAUCAACAUGAAAGUGACAAUCGCUGGAGUGCUUGCGGUGAUACUCGCCUCCCUCAGCAUACCAACGGUCGAUGGAUGCGCCACGGAGUGCGACCAGCAUCAGUACUGCAACGAGAACAACAACCGUUGCCAGGAUUGCCGUUUUCUGUGCGACAAAGAUGAGCUAAGCUGCGCUCACAAGUGUCCAGAUUACCUGUUGCGAUCGCUCCGGCAACAAGUGGCCACCCUGCAGUCCGAUCUGGGGACGUACAAGAUCGUGUUCCUGGUGGUGAUGUCCCUGUUUGCUCUGGUCAUAGUCGCUCUGCUCAUCUACAAGCAUAAGUCGCUGUUCUUCGACUUUUCGCGCUGUCUACCGCAGAAUAAACCGUCGGGGUCCGCAUCCGCGGCCGGUCCGGUCGGAUACACGCACGAGAAUCCACACACGAAAAGCCCCAAACUGGCGGUCAAGAAUGGUCAAGCCGGUGGGAUACCGAAGCAACAACAGCAGGGUGCUCCCUCCGUCGCCCUCAGUAUCUAUCCGGAGACGGAAGCGGAAACGUCGGUACAAACCGGUACCACCUCGAUCAGCCACCGGUAUCCGGCCGAGGACUCCACCGAGAGCUACUCGUACGAUAAUGCGGCCUGCAAUGUGACACCGACCAGCGUGGCACCGAUGCCCAAGUACUAGUUGGCCACACCAAACCAGUGUAUCCGGGGCGUGGAUCGUCCUUCUGCUACCUUAUCUCAUCACAUCACCUCCUGUCGUAGCAACAGUAAGCGUGUGUCCUCGGUACUUAAUGGCUGGCCACACGAGCCGGCGCUACCUACUUCUCGCGUGAUCUUCACUACUUACCUUACGACGACAAACACAGUUUUCUGCAGUUUUACGUUCUAGUCUAGGUUUUAGCCACUUCUAAAUUCGUAUUCGUUCGAUCAAAAGGACCUUGGGUUAGGAUGUAAGGAUUUUUUACAGUGCAACGUAAGAUAUUAGUAGGCCCGCGGGAGGGAAGAAGCCCUUUUAGGGUUUUCUACAAACGAAUUUCCGUAGUCGAUCACCGCACACGAUGAUCAUUUGUUUUCUUUCGUUCCGUCCAGCUGGAUCUGCUGGAUGGUGCGCCGUGCUAUUUGUUACUCUAUCGGGGACACAGUGUCACUUCGUGAAAGGAAUCUCUUUUAUUAUUCGCUAAUAAUUCGCGCUAGUGUAAUUCAUCAAACACACCCGUCCCCGUACUGCGCAACGGUACGGUAUUUACGGCAACUCCAACCAACUGCUCCGCAUCGUUUUUUUUUUCUAGCUACAUAGUUGCUCCUCUUCCGCCGGAAGAAUUACAUCUAAGAUACUGACUAUGCACCGAUUGUGUAAGUUCGUUUGGAUCGUUCGUAGUGCAUGGCGCUGCGCUCGAUUGCAUAGCAAAGUUGCUACGGUGGAAAGCAACGGUCCUUCUGCCAAUAUGGCCACCGGAUCCACCAUAAUCAAGCGAUACAGCGUAUGUGAGUGUGUGUUUCGUAAUAGAUAGCGAGACAAAUUGGAAGUACUCAUGGUUCUAAGCUCUCUAGUCACCGUAUCACGAUGACACAAUGGCCACCGGGUUAGCACCAUGGUGGUUCAUGGUGAGUAUUUAGGAGGAUCGUUAUGUACAAAAGUUGUGCUACUUCAUCUGGCACUCUCCCUCUCGGCCU